CAAUUUAAACUUACUGAAGCGUGUUGCGUCUGUGUGUGACGUAAUAUUUAUAAACAUAUAAAAGCGAUAAACAUGGUUGUGAAAUUAUACGUUAUGGACUUCAGCCCACCAGUGCGGGCAUGCUUGAUGGCUUGCGAGAUAUUCAACGUUCCCUAUGAAAGGAUAGAACUCGACUUAGCUAAAGGUGAACAUACAACUGAGGGAUAUUUAGAGAAAAAUCCUCUCCACACAAUACCAGUUAUGGAAGAUGGUGAUUUGAUACUACGUGAUAGUCACGCAAUAAUGGCAUACUUAUCUGACACCUACGCCAAAGAUGACUCUUGGUAUCCAAAAGACGUCAAGAAACGGGCACAAAUUAAUGAGAAACUAUUCUUCAAUGCGUUUGUUAUUUUCAGUAGACUACGAGUCAUUACUUAUUACGUCAUUCAAAAAGGAUACAAGAAAUUUGAACAAGAAUGGUUGGAUCGCAUUGUGGAAGCGUACAGUUUCAUAGAAGCAUUUUUGUCCAAAACUAAAUACAUCGCCGGAGAUGACAUCUCGAUUGCUGACAUAGCGCUUUUGAGUAAUGUGUCCUCUUUAGAAAAUGUACAGCCAAUAGAUAUUGAAAAAUUUCCCAAAACCAUCGCCUGGUUGAAAGAAUUAAAAGCGACGCCAUUUUGUAAAAAUAACAAUGAAAAAGGUGUCAAAGAACUGGACGAAUUUAUUAAAAGCUGUAUAGAAUAAAAUGUAUUUUUCCUAUUAUAAGUUUGGUUUAUAUCUGUAAUGUUACUAUUAUAUUAAAAAGCUUUUAUAAUACA